AUGGAGCGUGAGCUCCGACUGAAAGCAUUUAUAGAAGAAUAUGCUCGGGUGGUGCAGCUGUUUGAUGACAUCGUCUCCAUGAAAGAGUCAAUGGGAAGGCUUGAAACCUACAUGGUGAUAAUGGUAUGCCAAGUUGGAGGCGCUAUGAUUGUGAGUAUUUCUCUUUUGCCAUUAUUUGGAGCUCUUUCAUGUACUUAUUAA